GAGAAGACUUGUUUUUUUGCAAGCACAAAGGGGGUUUCUAUCCGUCUGUCCUGUCUCUGACCCACUUCAUCCACACACACACACACACGCACGCACACAUCCCUCCUUGGACCAUCAAAGUCGACUACCGCUGUUUGCUUGCAUUCAGCGCGUAUUUUAUUUUUUUGUAUUUUUUACACUUGGCCAAUCAGGACAGCCCCACAUAGCACAGCACAAACUCUACAAACACGCGCUCGACUUUAUAUUAUCCCGUUCGCCCUCUUUACACACACCCACUUACUUAAAAAAACCCUCCCUCCUUAAACAAGGCAAGGAAAAAACCAGAAGCUCGAUCAUAUUUUAGCGAGGAGAAGGAUGAGGAACUUUGUCGGCGUCACCGCCGCCGUGCUGCUGGUAGCAGCUUCGAAUACCGUCCUUGGCGUUGGAUCUGGAGCUGAGGCUGGAGCUGAGACUGGAGCUGAAGGUGUUGUUGUUGUAGGGACUAUGAACGAGAUCUUAAAUACUUUUAGGGUCCCAAUCGAGAAGAUCAACGGCACCGCCAGGCUGUCGACCGUGUCGCGGUGGUCACAUACCCUCCGCAAGUAUGGUCUAUCACACCGACACCGACAUCGGCACCGCGCUAACGGACCGCAAGGACACCAACGUGGUCAACUCGAAGGCAAUGCGACCAAUCUGGCGAGGAUCCCACUUGUCGACCAUGAUCAGAAUAAUGACUUUUUACUCUGUUGGUCGUUGUAGUACUACGGCACCGUGAUGAUCGGUCAGCCCCCACAAGCGUUCAAAGUAUGUGAGGAAAAAAACUAAGAAAAGCAGCAGCAGCAGCAGCAGCAGUAAUGAAUGUACCCAGGCUGCCUACAAUCGCUCGUACUCCGACUACUAACCCUUCCUUUCUUA